GGCAAAGAUAACUACAACCAUGGAUGGGGAGCUGUAAACUAACAGAGAGAUGUUGUGAGGAUCUGGUCUCUGUUCUACAGUCAACACUCCAAUCUAAGAGAGCUGGAUCUGAGUGUCAAUAAACUGGGGGAUUCAGCAGUAAAACUGUUCUUUGUGGCUCUGAUGCAUCCCAACUGUAAAUUAAAAACACUAAGGAUGGUGAAAUGUGGACUGACAAAGCGAUGCUGUGAAGAUCUGGUCUCUGCUCUUCAGUCUCAAUACUCCACUCUGAAAGAGCUGGAUCUGAGUGAGAACAACCUAGGGGAUUAAGGGAUGAAACUGUUGUCUGCAGCUCUGAGGGAUUCUAAAUGUAAAUUAGAAACAUUAAGGAUGGGAAGCUGUGGACUAACAGAGAAAUGUUGUGAAGGUCUGGCCUCUGCUGUUCGGUCACCUCACAACAGAGAGCUGAGCCUGAGUGAAAAUAAGCUGGGGGAUUCAGGAGUAAAACUGUUGUCUGCAGCUCUGAGGGAUCCCGACUGUAAAUUAACAGCACUGUGGAUGCUGAGCUGUGGACUAACAAAGAAAUGUUGUAAGGAUGUGGCCUCUGUUAUUCAGUCACGACACUCCAGUCUGCGAAAGCUGGAUCUCAGUUACAAUGACCUGGGGGAUUCAGGAAUGAAACUGUUGACUGCAGCUCUGAAGGAUCCCAACUGUAAAUUAGAAACACUGGAGUAACAUUCUCGUCCUCCUCCUUUUUGGCUCACUCCAGUCCAUUCAGCUACUGUCUC